AUGGGGCCGUGCCGGUGGCCGCUGCUCUGGGGCUUGCACGCCGUGCUGGUGCAGCUGGCCGCGCUCGCGGCGGAGCAGCGCCCGCAGGAGAGACCCCCGCGGCCGGAGGGGUGGUCCCCGGCCCCCUCAUCCUCGUGGGCGCCCACCGUGGAGCCGGGAGCGCCGGGGGACGGCGAGGGCUCGGCGGCAGCGCUGGCGUUCCUGCGCACGGGCGAUGCCGAGCGCCUGGCACGGGCCAACUGCAGCGGGGCCGUGGCGGCGGCGGCCCCCGGGCCCGGGCCCCCCCCGGCGCUGCGGGCAGCCCUGCGAGCCGCCCCCGAGGCGCUGGCCCACGCCGCCAACUUCCUCAACAUGCUCUUCCAGACCAACGACAUCCGCGAGGCCAGCGUGGCCGAGGACGUGGAGUGGUACCAGGCGCUGGUCCGCAGCCUGGCCGAGGGGCACCCGUGGGUGCGCAGGGCGGUGCUGGCCCUCGACGCCCACCCGCUGGCCCCCAAGCCCCGGCUGAUGCUGCAGGCCACCAAGGGGGACGGGCAGAUCCUGCUGCAGGACGUGUCCGGCGCCGCUCCCAGCCUGGGCAACCUCAGCUGGGACAACGAGUGGUUCAACGCGCUCAAGUCGCAGCGGGUCCCGGCGCUGCGCAAGCGGGUGCUCAGCAACGACCUGCGCAGCCUGGAGACCCCCAAGUGGCAGCGGGGGGACAGCUACGUGGGGGACCCGGGCCACGUGCGCUGGUCCCCGCCGUUCCUGGAGUGCCGCGAGGGUCGCUUCCUGCCCACCUGGGCGGUCACGCUCUCCUCCGCCUUCUACGGGCUCAAGCCCGACCUCAGCCCCGAGUUCAAGGGGGUCGUGCGGGUGGACGUGGAGCUGCGGGAGGCGGCCAUCGACCAGUGCUCCAGCGGGCCGGGCUGGUUCUCGGACACGCAUCGCUGUGACCUCAACAGCACCCAGUGUGUCCCCCAGGAGAGCCGCGGCUUCGUCCUCGGGAGGUACCUGUGCAGGUGCAAGCCGGGUUUUCACGGGGCCGGCGGAGUGGCCAGCGCCACUGCUCUGUCCCCAGGUGUGGCAGGGACAGAGGGGGGGUCCCGGCUGGGGUGCCGGCCGUGCCCCCCCGGCUGUGCCACCUGCGAGGACGACACGCCCUGCCUGAUCCAGGAGGACCCGGCGCUGCGGGCAGCGGUGCUGUCGUGCCAGGCCUGCUGCAUGCUGGCCAUCUUCCUCAGCAUGCUCGUGUCCUACCACUUCCGACGGAGCAAGAGGAUCCGGACGUCAGGGAUCGUCCUGCUGGAGACCAUCCUCUUCGGGUCCCUCCUCCUCUACUUCCCUGUGUUCAUCCUGUACUUCAAGCCGAGCAUCUUCCGCUGCAUCGUCCUGCGCUGGGUGCGGAUGCUCGGCUUCGCCAUCGUCUAUGGCACCAUCACCCUCAAGCUCUACAGGGUGCUGAAGGUGUUCCUGUCGCGCACGGCGCAGCGCGCUCCCUACGUGUCGAGCGGGCGGGUGCUGCGGCUGCUGGCGCCCAUCCUGCUGCUGGUGCUCUGGUUCCUGGCGGCCUGGACCAUCGGCACGCUGGAGAACAUCCGCAGGGACAUCCCGCUGGUCGUCCGCGCCCAGACCAGCCGCGGCCUGCGCUUCUCCAUCUGCGGCCACGACUGCUGGGAUUACAUGAUGGUCAUCGCCGAGAUGCUGUUCCUGCUGUGGGGCAGCUUCCUGUGCUACGCCACGCGCGCCGUGCCCUCGGCCUUCCACGAGCCCCGCUACAUGGGCAUCGCCCUCCACAACGAGCUCAUGGUCUCUGCCACCUUCCACGUGGUCAGGUUCCUGUUUGUCCCCUCGCUGCAUCCGGACUGGACUCUGCUGCUCUUCUUCGCUCACACCCACGGCACCAUCACCAUGACCCUGGCCCUGCUCUUCAUUCCCAAGUUCCUGCACACGGGCUCGCCGCUGCGGGAGGAGAUCACGGCCGAGGUGUACGAGGACGAGCUGGACAUGCGGCGCUCGGGCUCCUGCAUGAACAGCAGCAUCGCGUCCGCCUGGAGCGAGCACAGUCUCGACCCCGAUGACAUUCGGGAGGAGCUGAAGAAGCUUUACCGACAGCUGGAGGUGCACAAGACGUGGCGGAUGGCGACCAACAACCCGCACCUGGCCAAGAAGCGCGGCUCCCGCCGCAGCCUGGCCCGCUCCAUCCUGCGCCGCAGCGGUGCCGAGCUGGCCGAGAGCGCGUCCCGCCGCAGCAGCGCCGGGGACCGGGCGGGGACCCCGUCCCGCCGCAGCUCCUCGGCCAAGCGGCUGCUGGAUGCCGCCGGGACCAGCCUGAGGACGCGGGACGAAAGCUCCCGGCGCCGCUCCUCGGCCCUGCGCAAGUCCCGCAGCUCCAAGGGGUCCCCGCGGGAGCCCCGCCGAGGGUCGCCCGCCCCCAGCCCGCCCGAGGAGCCUCCGCCGGCGGCGGGGACGGACUUGGAGCAAUCCGACAGCGACUCGCUGGACGCCGCCCCGCUCCUGUGCAAAUCGGCCAGCGCCCAGAACCUGGCGGGGCACUGGCAGCGACCCCCGGGCCGCGCCCCGGCCCUGCAGAAGUCGCACAGCGUUGUCGCCGGGGCGCGGGAAGUGGCGCUGCUGGCCGCCCGCAGGGCCGCCCGCGAGCAGUGGCACGGCAGCCGCCACCUCUCCGCGCCGGCCCCGGGGGUCCCCAGCGACACCGCGACACCGCAGAGCCCCGCCGAGAGGCGGCCGCAGCAGGACGCGGCCCCGCUGGGCGAUGCCAAGGGGCACAAACAUGUCACCUACGCGCCCGUCAAGAGCGUCAGCGCUGACAGCGCCCACCCGGCCAGGAAGGUGCGGGUGACCGUGAAGAAAACCCCCCCUCCGCCCCCCGUCCGCUACCAGAGCCUGCAGCGCUCGGGGACGCUCGGGGACGGCCCGGAGCCACCGCCGGGCCCCCCGGCACAGGCGGGAGAGGCGCAGGGGACAGCAGGGGACGGCCCGGAGAGCGUGUCCCCCCCGGCAGGGAAGGGCAGGCUGCUGACCCCGAGCGCCACCUCGGCACACGUCUGUCCCUGGGAGCUGGUCCAGGACGAGAUCCUGGGCAGGAAACAAAAAGCGGCCGAGGCAGCAGAGUCGGGGACCCCCGGUGACACGGCGGCCACCACCCCCGGCCCCAAGGCGCCCCCCGCGAAGAGUUUCCGGAGCCUGGGACUCGCCAUCAAAGCGCUCAACCGCUCCAGGGGGAAGAGCAUCCUGAAAGGGAAAAGCGAGGGGAGCCUCAGGAAGAGGGGCAGCAGCAGGAGGGAGAAGCCCGGCCUGGCAGAGGCCUCGGCCGUGUCCCUCGGGGGGGUCAGCCCGGCCCCCGCUGCCAAAGGCCCCGAGGGGAGCGGGCCGAGCCUCGAGACCCCCGCCCUCCAGCACAACAACAACGCCGCCACCCCCGGGGAAGCCGCGGGCUGGGGGGACAGCGGGACAGGAGGACAACGGGACAGCCCGGCCGUGGGGACGGGCGAUGGGGACAAGGCGGCAGAGGAGCCCAGCGCUGCCCGAGGGGACGCGGGUGCCGGUCUGGAGCCACCCAGCGCGGGCCACCAAGGAGCGGAUCUGGGGGAGGACGUUCCUGGGGUCACAGCGGAGGAAGGGACACUCGAAGAGGCCGAGGGGACCAGCAGGUCCUUCCAGCCCCGGGAGCGCCCCGAGGAGGAGCAGCCGCCUGCAGAGCCCACCCCGAGCAGCGUGCGGGGCGCGGCGCGGGCUGAGCUUUGUCCGCCCGGCUGGCUCGGAGCGCCGGCAGGAAGGGCAGCCUUGCUGCGCCAGGAGGCGAUCGCUCCCCGGGAGGACGAAGGGAGCCCGGAGAGCCCGGAGAAGGCGCUGGAAGAGGGGAGCAGCCAGCCCGAGCCCGAGCGGGUCCCUGGAAGGAGCUGGAGCGGGGCCGGCAGUGCGCAGGGAGAGCUCAGUCCUGGGGGAACGCAGGGAUCCCCCAAAUCUGGAGAAGGUGUGGAGCAGCCUGGGAUGGGGCUCGCAGGGAAACCCCCAGCUCUGCCCAAACCCUCACCCCAGCGGGCUGGAACCACGGAGAGCAAAAAGGCCAACAUCUGCCCCUGGGAGGUGGAGGAUGAACUGCACCCUAAAACAGAGAUCUGCCCCUGGGAAGAGGCUGCGGCUCCGUCGGGGAAGGAGAGAUCGAGGCAGGACAUGCAUGGCACUUCCAAAGGGGAAGAAAAAGUGGGAUCCAGAGCACCGGAAAAGGGAAAGCAGCCCCCAGCCAAACCCCUGCCCAAAUCUCCUUCAGAGAGACCCCAGAGCUCGGAGAAGGCAGAGAUCUGUCCCUGGGAGUCUCAGGGCUCCAAAUCCAGUGACAAAGCUGAGAUCUGUCCCUGGGAGGUGGCUGAACCUCAGCUGGAGAAGGGAACAGAAGUCUCUCCAAGUAAGGAGAGACUCCCAUCAAGAGUCCUGGGCUCUAAAGCACUGGAGAAGGGGAGCAAAGACCGAGAGUCCAUCUGUCCUUGGGAGAGCCUGGACACAGAGCAGCCCCCGGCCAAACCCCACACUGGGAGUUCAGCACUGCCCAGAGCAGCUCCAGGGAAAUCACAGAGCGCGGAGAGGGCAGAGAUCUGUCCCUGGGAGUCUCAGGGCUCUAGAUCCAGUGACAAAGCUGAAAUCUGUCCCUGGGAGGUGGCUGCACCUCAGCUGGAGAAGGGAACAGCCCCAACUAAGGGUAAACUCCCAGGAAAAGAAGACUCCAAAGCUCUGGAGAAGAGUAGCAGAGACCGAGAGUCCAUCUGUCCUUGGGAGAGCCUGGACAUGGAGCAGCCCCCGGCCAAACCCCACACUGGGAGCUCAGCACUGCCCAGAGCAGCUCCAGGGAAAUCCCAGAGCUCAGAGAGGGCAGAGAUCUGUCCCUGGGAGUCUCAGGACAUGGAAUCCAGCAGCAAAGCUGAGAUCUGUCCUUGGGAAGUGGCUGAACCUCCCUCCCAGCAGCCAAAGGCAAAGCAGGUCCCUGCUGGGGGCUCCAAGUGGGACAAGCGCAUCACGCGCCAGGCAGCGCUGGGCAGCACGGAGGGAUCCCUGGAGAGCAGAGACCGAGUGUCCAUCUGUCCCUGGGAGAGCCUGGACACGGAGCAGCCCCCGGCCAAACCCCACACUGGGAGCUCAGCACUGCCCAGAGCAGCUCCAGGGAAAUCCCAGAGCUCGGAGAAGGCAGAGAUCUGUCCCUGGGAGACUGAAUCCAGUGACAAAGCUGAAAUCUGUCCCUGGGAGGUGGCUGCACCUCAGCUGGAGAAGGGAACAGCACCUGGAAAGGAGAAACUCCCAGGAAAAGAUGAGACCAAAGCUCUGGAGAAGGGGAGCAAAGAGAGGGAAUCAAUCUGUCCUUGGGAGAGCCUGGACACGGAGCAGCCCCCGGCCAAACCCCACACUGGGAGCUCAGCACUGCCCAGAGCAGCUCCAGGGAAAUCCCAGAGCUCGGAGAGGGCAGAGAUCUGUCCUUGGGAGAGCCUGGACAUGGAGCAGCCCCCGGCCAAGCCCCACGCUGGAAGCUCAGCACUGCCCAGAGCAGCUCCAGGGAAAUCCCAGAGCUCGGAGAGGGCAGAGAUCUGUCCUUGGGAGAGUCAGGGCUCUAAAUCCAGUGACAAAGCUGAAAUCUGUCCCUGGGAGGUGGCUGCACCUCAGCUGGAGAAGGGAACAGCCCCAACUAAGGGUAAACUCCCAGGAAAAGAAGACUCCAAAGCUCUGGAGAAGAGUAGCAGAGACCGAGAGUCCAUCUGUCCUUGGGAGAGCCUGGACAUGGAGCAGCCCCCGGCCAAACCCCACACUGGGAGCUCAGCACUGCCCAGAGCAGCUCCAGGGAAAUCCCAGAGCUCGGAGAGGGCAGAGAUCUGUCCCUGGGAGUCUCAGGACGUGGAAUCCAGCAGCAAAGCAGAGAUCUGUCCCUGGGAGGUGGCUGAGCCUCAGCUGGAGAAAGGAACUGGCCCAGCUCCUUCAGGGAAUCCUCAGUGA